AUGAAAAAAAAAGAAAGUAACGACUUACUUCAACAAAUAAUUCACCAAAAAAUUACUGGUGUUAAUAAUAAGUUAGAAGGAAAUACCCUUUAUCUUUAUUCCGAAAGCAUAAGUGCUAGCGAAUUAGGAGAAAUACUAGGAGAACAAACCAAUAAAAUUGUUAAGAAAAGCAAGAUAGAUUUUAGCGAGGUUGUCCAGGAUUAUUUAAAAAAAGUAGGAGAUGGUUCUCAGUUAGUAGAGAGACCUCCAAUUGUUAGCAUCAUGGGGCACAUUGACCAUGGAAAAACUACCUUGUUUGAUACCAUUCGCCAGACCACUUUGCAAAAAAAGGAAGCAGGAGGGAUAACUCAAAAGAUGCGCCAAAAAGGAAUUAAUUUAACUGACUUAGUGGUUUUAGUAAUCGAUGCCCAGGAAGGAGUAAUGCCCCAAACUGAGGAAAUUAUUAAUUAUCUCUGCCAAUACGAAUUACCGGUCAUUGUUUUCAUUAAUCAUAAAAGGCCUGCCGAAACUGAUAAUGAAAAAAACUUGAACCGAAUUAGGAGUCAGUGUCAGCAAACUGGAUUAAAUCCGUUCGAUUUACAGGACCCUACUCAUGGAACAGUAAUUGAUGCUUACCUUCAUCCUCAAACUGGCUCACGAGUAACAGAAUUACUAAUUCAGGGUGGUAAACUACAAGAAAAGGACACUAUCUUUCUUAACGGAAAAUUAGAGAAAGCAAAAACAUUUUUAGAUACCCACAGUGGCAAAAUUACUACAGCUUUACCAGGAGAUAUCAUCAAAGUAAUCGGCUUAACUUCCACUGCUGAAAUAGGAGACAGAUUCCUAGUAAUAAAGAAUGAAGAGGCAAAAGAAAAAAUUAAAAAAGAAUUAACUAAUUAUUCAGAAAAAAAUGAUAAACUGCCGAUUUCUCUCCUCGAUAAGGAAAAGAAAAAGGUUAAUUUAGUCUUAAUUUCGGAUAGUCAAAACAAAUUGAAUGCUCUCAGUGAACUAAUCAAAAAAAAAAAUACUGAUAGUUUUGAAUUUUCAAUUGUUAAUGCUACCAUCGGAAAUUUAAAUAAUUUUGUUCUUAAUUUAAUUAAAAUAACUCAAAGUACUAUUUUAGUGUUCGGUCCAUCACCUAGUCAUGGGCAAAUAAAAACUUUUAAAGAAAAUAAUAUUCCUUUUUUCAAUAGUGCAAUCAUUUAUGAAAUUGAAGAAGAACUAGAUAAAAUUAUUGGAAAUCAGCAAUUAGUGGAAGAAGUAGAGGAAAUAGCAGGUCAGGCUCGGGUGAUAAAAGUCUUCUUUUUUUCCAAAGGAAAUAUAGCAGGUUGCAAAGUAGUCAAUGGAAAGAUUAGUCGUAAUCACCGAGUUCAUGUUUAUCGGGGAAAAGAAGAGAAAAUAAUUUUUAGUGGAGAAAUUAAAAGUUUGGAAAGUCAGUCGGAAAAAAAAACAGAAGUCAUAAGUGGUCAAGAGUGCGGAAUUGUCCUAAAAGGAUUUGAUAAUUUUCAAACUGGAGAUAAAAUAGUAGCCUUCAAACUAGUUAAAAAAAAUGUUAGUCAAAACUAA